GGCACUGAAGAGCCAUUGACACCUUCACACAUCAAAGCUACAGACCCAGACACAGCUGCCCAAAACAUUACCUAUGUGAUUGCCAAGCCACCGUCUUACGGUCGUCUGUAUAACCGGGGAGUUUUGGUCAGUUCAGCCUUCACACAGCAUGACGUAGAUGUUGGGUUUAUCACUUAUGAGAGUGAUGGAUCAAGAGCAGGAUUGGAUAAUUUUCUCUUCACUGUAACUGAUGGACGCCAUGAAGGAUUCCUGAUCAAUGGCAGUCUACAGACGCAACCAGCAAUGAUGAG